GCGCCCCCGGCCAGGAUGCUGCGGUUCCUGCGCCGGACCUUUGGCCGCCGCUCCAUGCAGCGCUACGCGCGGGGCGCGGCGGGGCGCGGGGCCGCCGGGCUGGGGGACGAGCGCGACGGGGGGCCGCGAGGGGGCCCGGCCGCCGCCGCCAGCUCCUCGGUGCUGCCCGCCGCGCCUGGGGGCAGCGUGUUCCCGGCCGGCGGCGGGCCCCUGCUCACCGGCGGCGCGGCUGUGCACAUCUCCGCCUCCGGAGCGGCCAAGGCCACUCUCUACUGCCGGGUCUUCCUGCUCGACGGAACCGAAGUGAGCGUGGACCUGCCGAAACAUGCCAAAGGCCAGGAUUUGUUCGACCAGAUUGUGUACCACUUGGACCUGGUGGAAACAGAUUAUUUUGGUCUGCAGUUCCUCGACUCCGCCCAGGUCACGCACUGGCUGGACCAUUCAAAACCCAUAAAGAAACAGAUGAAAGUUGGACCUGCCUAUGCUUUGCACUUUCGAGUCAAAUACUAUUCUUCAGAACCAAACAACCUUCGAGAGGAAUUUACAAGGUACCUGUUUGUUCUACAACUCAGGCAUGACAUUCUUUCUGGAAAACUGAAGUGCCCCUACGAAACGGCCGUGGAACUAGCUGCUCUCUGUCUGCAAGCGGAGCUGGGGGAGUGCGAGCUCCCAGAGCACACGCCGGAGCUCGUGUCUGAGUUUCGGUUCAUCCCAAAUCAGACAGAAGCCAUGGAGUUCGAUAUCUUCCAGAGGUGGAAAGAGUACAGGGGAAAGAGCCCUGCCCAGGCGGAACUCUCCUAUCUCAACAAAGCGAAGUGGCUGGAAAUGUAUGGGGUGGACAUGCAUGUCGUCAGGGGAAGAGAUGGCUGUGAAUAUUCUCUUGGACUGACCCCGACAGGCAUAUUAAUCUUUGAAGGAGCUAACAAAAUAGGCUUAUUCUUUUGGCCUAAGAUCACCAAAAUGGACUUUAAAAAGAGCAAGCUGACCCUCAUAGUAGUGGAGGAUGAUGACCAGGGGCGCGAGCAGGAGCACACCUUCGUGUUCAGGCUGGACAGUGCGCGCACCUGCAAACACCUGUGGAAGUGCGCCGUGGAGCACCACGCCUUCUUCCGACUGCGCGCACCCAGCAACAGCAAGUCCGCGCGAUCGGACUUCAUCCGGCUAGGUUCCCGAUUCCGGUUCAGCGGGCGAACAGAGUACCAAGCUACACACGGCUCCAGAUUGCGAAGGACCAGCACCUUCGAGAGGAAGCCGAGCAAACGCUACCCAUCCCGGCGACAUUCCACCUUCAAAGCAAGCAACCCGGUGAUUGCUGCUCAGCUCUGCUCUAAAACAAAUCCCGACGUCCAUAAUUACCAGCCUCAGAACCAUCCUAACGUUCACCCCAGCCAGCCCCGGUGGCGCCCUCACUCUCCAAACGUCAGUAACCAGCCCAUCUGCAAACAAAACAGGCCAUCUUUUCAGGAUGACAGGCCACUCUGGAAAGCGCCAGCCAGUGGAGAUGACGGCCACUUUGACUAUGUCCACGACCAGAACCAGAGGAACUUAGGAGGGGCCUACAGUGUCACGUACCGGGACAAACUCAUGACAGCACUUUGAGAGACUUGACACGCCUUACUUCCAGUCACCACCACGGUGUCACCGCAUUCAGUGAGAAGCAUCCUGGUGUCACACGGAUGUGCUUGCCCAAGGGUCGUUAACAGCGCUCUUAGCGUCCGUGUCAGCAUUUGGAGAUGACUGACGUAGAUAGUGGACUGCAUUCUCAAUGAAAUGAAGGUAGCUAAAGGCUCAGGAAUCAUUUUGACAUUCUGAUUUUAAGACUGAAGUGAAAGUUUCUGUCAUUUAUGCUAUAUGUACCUGAUAAUCUUGUCUAACCAGUGGGGCCACAAAACAAACCAACAAACAGAAAGUUCGGGGAAGUAGCUUGUCACAUAGUCCCGUUGUAGGUUUGGAGAUUGCCUGGGUCCCGGCCUCCAUUGCAGUGUGGCCCUGGCUAGGUUAUUCCCCUUUCUUUGGUUUCAUUUCCUUCCUGAAAAUAAUGGACUGGACUAAGGGAUCUCCAAGGUCCUCUCUAUUCUGUGAUUGGUUAAAAUUUAACUUCUCAUCUGCGCUGAAAACAUGCAUUCAGACUAACUUCCCAUAAAGGCAACCGUAAUAACCCCUUCUGUAACAAAAGCUCAAUAAAGAUUAUAGGAACUCAUCAGAUACGAUGUCUAUAACAGGGAGACUUGGAAAUUUACACUUUUUCAGUGGGUUUGAGCCUAGGUGCUAACCAGCAGCUGCAUGGCACAUUUCACCAGAGUUGACUUCUCAAACGUAAGUGUGAUCUGCCAUGCCGUAAUGAUUGGUGCCGCUAAGCUGUGUGAUUUCAGAAGACAUCGCUGUGACUACUGUCAGGGUUGAGGCUGCGUUUCACUGAGAUUUAACUUCUUCGAGAAGCAGCGUGUGGUCACGAUGAAGUGAGGGUAAUACUCAUGAGAGCCUGCCAGGUUUCUGGAGGCUGUGCCAAAGCCUUCGUUGCACAGAGGGAUGCAUGUGGCCCCUCCCUUUCUGUAGAAGCCCAAAGCAACGUGUUGUCUUUUAGGGUGAAACUUGUACCAAAAUAUUUAUUUACGCCAUUUCAAGUCAUGCACCAAACCUCUUUUUUCUUAAUAGGCAGCCCCAGGAUGCUCUUUCAUUUGUGUUUUUUUUUUGUUUGUUUGUUUGCAAUUCAGUUAAUUUUGUGUCACUUGGAUAUGUGUGAUUAUAAAUCUGGUUCCUUUUAAACCCUUGGACAUGUGUUAACAUCUUCUCUUGCUAAAAAUCUGGCCUUUUUGGUUCUGCAAAAGUCUCUUGAGGAAGGAGUCCUCUGCACGCUUGCACAGGGGAGUGGACCGCCUUCUCAUCAACGCCCCCAGAUGCUUGUUUACGGGUGUGUUCCGAUCCCCAGGGUAUGUGCUGCAUCUGAAUAAAUGUGUUCUGGUCUCUUCA